AUGAUCGACGUAGAAGAGGAGAGACGGAGCGCGGAAGAGGAAUUCUGCGCCACCUCGGUGCGAUGCACGGAGAGGAGACGUAAGCUCCUGGGAGAACCGCACGGGGAACCUUUGCCUUUAUACCCGUCCCGUUUCCCCACAGCGCUCACGGAAUGCGAGACGCACCCAUCCGCGAGCGACGGAGCGAACCGGAGCGUCUGUGUGGACAGAGGAGGAGACGGAGGUGGAGGUGCAUUUGGUGGUACUCGAGGAGGGUUGCCCUUCAACAUCACAAGGGACAGUUCCACCGGCGUGAGUGGUGGUGGUGUUGGCGGUGGCGGUGGGCCCCACGUGUCCACCGCGUGUCCCACGGGGUCAGACCAGGCGCGCCGCUACCGCACGGCCUUCACGCGCGAGCAGAUCGGGCGCCUGGAGAAGGAGUUCUACCGCGAGAACUACGUCUCGAGGCCUCGCCGGUGCGAGCUGGCAGCGGCCCUCAACCUGCCCGAGACGACCAUCAAGGUGUGGUUCCAAAACCGGCGAAUGAAGGACAAGCGACAGCGUCUGUCCGUGACGUGGCCUGCCCCGUCGGACCCGGCCGGCUUCUACUCCUACAUGGUCACCCAGGCCACCGCUGCCGCCGCCGCGGCCGCCACCGCGGGCCUCCCUUACGCCUUCCCCCACCACCAGCACCUCGUGCCUGCUCACCACACCGGCGGCGGCGGCGGCGGCGGUGGCGGUGGCCUGUACCCAGUGGCCCUGCUGCGGCCCCUGGACCCGUUCCGGGCCCUCGGGCACGGCGGGGGGUACCCUCGGCCUGAGCUGCUGUGCGGGUUCCGCGCGCCGCCCCCGCCGCCGCCGCCCCCGUACCCCCCGUUCCACGCGCUGCCUCCGUGCCCGUGCGUGGCGUGCACUCACGCGGCGGUGGCUGCGGGCGGGAGAGCGGCAGGUCACCGCUCGGACGCGGCGGGGGCGGCGGGGGCGGCGGCGAGCGUGGGCGAGCGGGGCAACCCGGACCGCUCGCCCACGCCGGCCGGGGGCGCCGCCGGUUUCGCGGUCCCUGGGUCGUGCGGUGGGACCGGCGCCGGGGUCGGCGCCGGGGUCGGCAGCCGCUUUCUCCCCUAUGCCGCGGCCGCGGCGGCGGCGGCGGCGGCGACGGCGCUGCUCGCCACCAAACCCCCCGCACGGACGUCGCACGAGCACAGAGAGGUGCGCGGCUCGCUGACGAGGUGA